CUGUUCGCGGGCUUACAUGGCGUUGGUUUUCGUCUAGAUUUAUGCGUCUUUACUUGCUGAUGUUUUUAUUUUCUCAGAUUUUUUACUGAAGGCUUAUUUUCUUCCCCUGAUGUUUUUAUUCCUCAAAGUUUUUACUGAAGGACGAUAAAAUUCGUCAACAUCUGUCAAAAUGGCCAAAUUAAGGUCUAACCUAAAGUAUAUAGAGGUCGAAAAUUUCAAGUCCUAUCUAGGCUUUCAACGUAUUGGACCUUUGAAGAACUUCUCGGCAGUAAUUGGUCCAAAUGGCUCAGGAAAAUCAAAUUUCAUGGAUGCGGUUAGUUUUGUUAUGGGUGAGAAGACACAGACGCUCAGAGUAAAAAGACUUGCCGAUCUUAUUCAUGGAGCUUCCAUUAACAAAGCUGUGUCUAAUUCUGCCAAAGUUUCAGCUAUUUUUGAGCUUGAAGAUAAAACUGAGCUCAAAUUCACAAGACUUGUUUCUCAUGGUUCAUCUGAACACAGGUUCAAUGACGAGACAGUGAAUUCUUCAAGAUAUUUUGCUGAGUUGGAGAAAUUAGGCAUCAAUGUUAAAGCCAAGAAUUUUUUAGUGUUCCAAGGAGCUGUUGAAAAUAUUGCAAUGAAGAACCCUAAAGAAAGGACUGCGUUAUUUGAAGAAAUCUCAGGUUCUGGUGCUUUGAAAGAAGACUAUGAUAGAUUGAAAGCAGAUAUGUUGAAGGCAGAAGAAGACACUCAGUUUACUCUGCAGAAGAAGAAAGGUAUUGCUGCUGAGAGGAAAGAGGCUAGAAUGGAGAAAGAAGAAGCCGAAAAGUACCAAAAACUUCGCGAAGAUCUUGCUGAACAACAAGUUAUAUUCUACCUAUUUAAGCUGUUUCAUUGUGAGCAAGAUAUAAAAACUGCCAGGGAAGACAUUACCAAAAAACAACAAGAACUUGGAAAGGUCGAGAGACGUAAAGAAAAAGCAGAGGAGAUCUUAAGGGAGAAGAAGAAGGAACACACAAAAAUAGGAAAAGAACUUGCAAAGAUGGAACAAGACAUUCGUGAGAUCGAGUCGGAAAUCAACAAAAAACGACCGACCUUCAUCAAAGCCAAAGAGCGAGUAACGCACAUGCAGAAAAAAUUGGAAGCCGCUCAGAAAUCACUUACUCAGGCCAGGAAAGCGAAUGAUGCCCACGCGGAAGACAUCGAUCAGCUUGAGAAAGAACUAACCGAAGUUGACAAGCGGAGAGAAGAGUAUGAAACAGAAUUGCAGUCUGAGAGCCAGAGUCAAGGUCGCAGCGUCCAUUUGGAGGAAGAACAGGUUGCUCAGUACCACCGGUUGAAGGAAGAGGCCGGAAGACAAUCAGCGCGUUAUCUUCAAGAACUCGACUCGGUUAAUCGCGAGCAGAAAUCUGACCAGGAUAAACUGGACAACGAGUCGCGUGUUCGAGGCGAGAUUGAAAACCAAUUACGCCAACGACAACACGAGCUGGAAGAAACUCAAAAACGGUCCGACAAAUUAAUGGAACACAUUCGAACGACGGAAACGGCCCUGGAAGAGCAGAUAAAACUGCAACGCGAUCUGACUAGCGAAGUCGAACAGUCCAAGAACCAGAUCGAUACGCUACAAAGCAAGUUGGACGGUAUCUCAAAGAACUUGGGCGAAGCGAAAGUCGACAAACAUGAGGACGCGCGUCGCCGUAAAAAGCAAGAAAUUGUCGAAAAUUUUAAGCGCCUCUACCGUGGCGUUUACGAUCGAAUCAUUAACAUGUGCCACCCUGUUCACCAACGUUUCAAUAUUCCCGUCACUAAGCUUCUCGGCAAGUACAUGGAAGCCAUCGUGGUCGACACAGAAGAAACGGCUAGAAACUGCAUCCAGUAUCUCAAAGAGCAAAUGUUGGAACCGGAAACUUUUCUCCCUCUAAACUAUCUAAAGGCGAAACCAUUGAAGGAGCGACUUCGUGUCAUCAAGGAUCCUCUCAACGUGCGUCUGCUUUACGAUGUGUUGCAGUACGACCCGCCCGAGAUCAAGAAAGCAGUUUUGUUCGUUACCAAUAACGCGCUGGUUUGCGACACGCAAGAAGACGCCAUGAAAGUGGCGUAUGAAAUGGAAGACGGUGAUCGUUACGACGCUGUUGCCCUGGACGGCACAUUUUACCAGAAAUCUGGUCUUAUUUCUGGCGGCUCUCGGGAUUUGGAGAAAAAGGCUGCCCGCUGGAACGACAAGCAGCUCAGUGCCCUGAAAUCCAACAAAGAGAAACUGAGUGAAGAAUUGCGAGAAGCUAUGAAAAAGUCGAGGAAGGAAUCUGAACUCCAUACCGUCAACUGUACCGUCAAAGGUUUGGAUUCUAGGCAUCGCUAUGCAUUGGCUGAUCGUGAAAAAACUGCCAAACAAAUUGAGCAGUUAAUGAGAGAAAUUGCGAAACUGGAAGAAAAAUUGAGAAAUUUUGCUCCGGCAACUGACGAAAUUGAGAAAAUCAUGCGCGAAAGGGACGCCACUAUCCAGAACGUCAAAGAACGUAUGAACCGUGUAGAAGACACUGUUUUUGCCGAAUUUUGCUCUCAAAUCGGUGUGGCUAACAUCCGCCAGUAUGAAGAACGGGAACUCAGGCUCCAUACAUGGACACAACAAGAGCGAGCCAAGAAGCGUCUCGACUUUGAAAACCAAAAGAAUCGUAUCCUCAACCAGCUGGAAUUCGAGCGUUCCCGAGACACGCAAACUAAUGUGGAACGGUGGGAGCGGUCUGUGAGUGACGACGAAGAGGAACUAGAAAGAGCCAAACAGGCCGAACAAAAACAAAUGAGUGAAAUUGAUAAAGAAAUGAAAAAGUUGGAAGAAAUUAAAUCGACCCGAAUGUGCAAAAAGAACGACUUGGACAAUAUGGAUGAAGACAUGGCCUUGGCUCGACGAGAUAUGGGAGCAGUAGCAAAAGACCUGCAGAACAUUCAGAAGUCUAUCACCAGUAUGGAAGCGAAAAUUGAUCAAAAAAGAAGUGAAAGGCACAGCAUUUUGAAGCAAUCGAAGAUGGAAGAUAUCGUUAUUCCGAUGUCGCGUGGUAACAUGGAAGACAUCGAGCAAGAUGGUAAUGCUACCGAAAGUAUGAAUAGCGAGUCUGUCACAACCGGUGGUAGCGAUUCAGUUAGCACUCCACAAAACUCUCAAACGAUAUAUGAGCGAGAAGAGAGAAUUGUUGUCGACUACUCUGACCUACCUGACAAGUAUAAAGAUCUUUUUGAAGCGGACGAAGUACGCCGUGAAGGUGAUCGCCUACAACGUCACGUGAACGAGUUGAGCAAUACUAUCCAGCGUAUUCAAGCCCCAAAUAUGCGGGCUAUGCAAAAAUUGGACUUGGCGAGAGAAAAGUUACACGAGACAAACGAAGAGUUUGAAAAGGCUCGCGUCAAAACCAAGAAAGCUAAACAGGCGUUUGAGAGAGUAAAAAAAGAGCGCUUUGAUCUCUUUAUGUCUUGUUUUGAACACGUUUCCAAUGAAAUCGAUGGCAUUUAUAAGUCGUUGGCCAAGAACCAGUCUGCUCAAGCCUUUUUAGGUCCAGAAAAUCCAGAAGAACCUUACCUUGAUGGAAUCAAUUACAAUUGUGUCGCUCCGGGCAAACGUUUCCAACCCAUGUCUAAUCUUUCCGGAGGAGAAAAGACCGUCGCGGCUUUGGCAUUGCUAUUCGCCAUUCACAGCUAUCAACCAGCUCCUUUCUUCGUACUGGAUGAGAUCGACGCAGCUUUGGAUAACACAAACAUCAGUAAAGUGGCUGGGUUCAUUAAAACACAAACAGCCAACUUGCAAACUAUCGUUAUUUCUUUGAAAGAAGAAUUUUACAGCCAUGCUGAUGCGCUCAUUGGAGUUUGCCCCGACCCUGGGGAGUGCCUCAUCAGUAAAAUGCUUCUCCUGGAUCUUACCGAAUACCCGCCGCACACGUUUGAAGAGACUCAACGCUAAAUGAGUCGACUUCUAAGUUUUUCUUUUACGAUUUUCGGUUUUAAGCGUAUACUUAGAGCAUGUAUGGAUAGGUGUUUGUGCGGUUUAUUUUGUUCAAUGAGAUGAAUUUUAAGUGCAUUCCUUUAAAUAAAGCAGAUGUUCUCACGAA